GUCACACUGUUCGGGAGAGCGAGACGAAAAACACGGGGACUCGGAGAACGGAAAACUCAGUGAAAAGUAAAUCAAAUAUUUACAAAACAAAGUAACCACAAAAUGGCUACGCUCGGUCGAAUUGCGUGAGUUUUUCCGAGUGGUUAUUAUGUGCGCCUAAGAAAAGACAAACGAUAGGGUCGCGGCAUCUGUUAGUUUUUGCGCCAAAUGUCUUAAAAAUCCGGAAAUUGUGCUUCCAAAAAAGAUGGCCCUCGAGCCAUACAUAAAGUCUGCUGAAAUCGAACCUCAAUCGUGCCAAGUUAUAGCCAGUAAUGAAGAUGUGACAACGAAAGCGACGAAAUGCGCGACACUUAGCAGGGGAGUGGGAUGGCGACACCUGCUGAUCGGCUUUCUACUGAUUUGCUUUGGCGUCCCAAGCAGUUGGCAGUACAAAAAUGUUCACGUGCCCAGCUCCUCGUCUCUGAUAGCCAGCCCGCCCGCCAGUGUGUUUGUCAACACGCCGGCCACCCUACUCUUCACCACACGCCACGACAUCCAGGUGGCGAACAUCACGAGGCCCACGGGCGGCCCUCAGAUCGAUGUGAUUGUGAGGGAUCUGGCCGAGGCUAUGGCUAUUGAUUUCUACUAUGCAAAGAACCUGGUCUGCUGGACGGAUUCUGGCCGGGAGAUUAUCGAGUGUGCCCACACCAACUCCUCCGCACUGCAGCCGCUCUUGCGCGCGCCGAAGCAAACUGUGAUAUCCACGGGGCUGGACAAGCCCGAGGGUCUAGCUAUCGACUGGUAUACAGACAAGAUCUACUGGACGGACGGCGAGAAGAACCGGAUCGAGGUGGCCACUCUGGAUGGUCGCUUCCAGAAGGUGCUCUUCUGGACGGACCUGGACCAGCCGCGUGCGGUGGCCGUGGUUCCCGCUCGCAAACUGCUCAUUUGGACGGAUUGGGGAGAGUAUCCUAAGAUCGAGCGCGCAAGCAUGGAUGGCGACCCACUGUCCCGCAUGACAUUGGUCAAGGAGCAUGUGUUCUGGCCCAACGGGUUGGCCGUAGACUUGAAGAACGAGCUCAUCUACUGGACAGAUGGAAAGCACCAUUUCAUCGAUGUGAUGAGACUGGACGGAAGCAGUCGGCGGACGAUAGUCAACAACCUGAAGUACCCCUUUAGUUUAACCUUCUACGACGAUCGUUUGUACUGGACGGACUGGCAGAGGGGAUCGCUAAAUGCACUUGACCUGCAAACCCGAGAGCUGAAGGAGCUGAUUGAUACGCCCAAGGCACCCAAUUCUGUUAGAGCAUGGGACCCCUCACUGCAGCCAUAUGAGGACAACCCUUGCGCGCACAACAAUGGGAACUGCUCGCAUCUUUGCCUGCUGGCUACGAACCCACAGGGUUACAGUUGCGCCUGUCCCACUGGGGUGAAGUUGAUAUCACCAAACACCUGUGCCAACGGCUCUCAGGAAAUGAUGUUCAUUGUGCAGAGAACGCAGAUUAGUAAGAUAUCCCUGGACUCGCCGGACUACACAAUAUUCCCGCUGCCUUUGGGAAAAGUCAAGUACGCAAUAGCCAUAGAUUACGACCCGGUGGAGGAGCACAUCUAUUGGUCCGACGUGGAGACGUAUACGAUCAAAAGAGCUCAUGCCGAUGGCACAGGGGUCACCGACUUCGUGACCUCCGAAGUGCGCCAUCCCGAUGGCUUGGCGCUCGAUUGGCUGGCUCGCAACCUGUAUUGGACCGACACGGUCACAGAUCGGAUUGAGGUCUGUCGCCUGGAUGGCACGGCAAGGAAGGUACUGAUCUAUGAGCAUCUGGAGGAGCCGCGAGCCAUUGCGGUGGCCCCCUCGCUAGGUUGGAUGUUCUGGAGCGAUUGGAACGAGCGAAAACCCAAGGUGGAGCGGGCAUCUCUUGAUGGAUCCGAGCGUGUGGUCCUAGUCUCCGAGAAUCUGGGCUGGCCCAACGGCAUUGCUUUGGACAUUGAGGCCAAGGCGAUCUACUGGUGUGAUGGCAAGACGGAUAAAAUCGAGGUAGCUAACAUGGAUGGCUCAGGGCGCCGAGUGGUGAUCAGCGAUAAUCUGAAGCACCUGUUUGGCCUGAGCAUCCUGGACGACUACUUGUAUUGGACAGACUGGCAGCGCCGCUCGAUUGACCGGGCCCACAAGAUUACGGGCAACAAUCGGAUAGUGGUGGUCGAUCAGUAUCCGGACCUAAUGGGUCUUAAGGUGACUCGAUUGAGGGAGGUUAGGGGACAUAAUGCUUGUGCGGUGCGAAACGGAGGCUGCUCGCAUCUUUGCCUGAAUCGUCCCAGGGAUUAUGUCUGCCGGUGUGCAAUCGACUACGAGUUGGCCAAUGAUAAGCGCACCUGCGUGGUGCCAGCUGCUUUUCUACUGUUUUCCCGCCAAGAGCAUAUUGGUAGGAUUUCCAUCGAGUACAACGAGGGUAACCACAACGACGAGAGAAUACCCUUCAAAGAUGUGCGGGAUGCCCAUGCCCUGGAUGUCUCUGUUGCCGAGCGUAGGAUCUACUGGACGGAUCAGAAGAGCAAGUGCAUCUUUCGGGCCUUUUUAAACGGCUCGUAUGUGCAGCGCAUUGUGGACUCCGGUCUAAUAGGACCCGACGGCAUUGCUGUCGAUUGGUUUGCCAAUAAUAUCUACUGGUCGGAUGCCGAGGCGCGUCGCAUCGAGGUGGCUCGCUUGGACGGCAGCAGUCGGAGGGUGCUCCUCUGGAAGGGAGUGGAGGAGCCGCGAUCACUGGUGCUGGAGCCACGACGAGGUUACAUGUACUGGACGGAAUCGCCGUCGGACUCGAUCCGCCGAGCGGCCAUGGAUGGAUCCGACUUGCAGACAAUCGUAGCGGGGGCGAAUAACGCCGCUGGACUAACCUUCGACCAGGAGACUAGGCGUCUGUACUGGGCCACCCAAUCAAGACCGGCUAAAAUCGAAAGCGCCGACUGGGAUGGCAAGAAACGGCAGAUUCUAGUUGGUAGCGAUAUGGAUGAGCCAUAUGCGGUGUCCCUGUACCAGGAUUAUGUGUACUGGAGCGAUUGGAACACCGGCGACAUUGAGCGAGUGGACAAGAUAACGGGUCAGAACCGCAGCCUGGUGCACUCGGGCAUGACAUACAUCACCUCACUACUGGUGUUCAACGACAAGCGCCAGACCGGUGUUAACCCUUGCAAGGUGAACAAUGGAGGCUGUUCACAUCUCUGUUUGGCCCAACCUGGAAGAAGAGGGAUGACCUGCGCCUGCCCCACGCACUACCAGUUGGCCAAGGACGGCGUCUCCUGUAUUCCACCUAGGAACUACAUUAUCUUCAGCCAGAGGAACAGCUUUGGAAGGUUGCUGCCAAACACCACGGACUGUCCAAACAUUCCGCUGCCCGUGUCUGGCAAGAACAUUCGCGCUGUGGACUUUGAUCCCAUCACUCAUCAUAUUUAUUGGAUUGAGGGCAGAAGUCACAGCAUUAAGCGAUCACUGGCGAACGGAACCAAGGUUAGCUUGCUGGCCAAUUCCGGACAGCCUUUUGACCUGGCAAUCGAUAUCAUUGGGCGUCUGCUCUUCUGGACGUGCUCCCAAUCUAACAGUAUUAAUGUCACAAGCUUUCUCGGCGAAUCGGUCGGCGUUAUCGACACUGGGGAUUCGGAAAAACCUCGAAAUAUUGCCGUACAUUCCAUGAAGCGUCUGCUUUUUUGGACUGAUGUGGGCAGCCAUCAAGCCAUCAUUCGUGCUCGGGUCGACGGCAAUGAACGCGUGGAGUUGGCGUAUAAACUAGAGGGAGUCACUGCCUUGGCCUUGGAUCAACAGUCCGAUAUGAUUUACUAUGCUCACGGCAAGCGGAUUGAUGCCAUCGAUAUCAAUGGAAAGAACAAAAAAACAUUGGUUUCUAUGCACAUCUCGCAAGUGAUUAAUAUUGCCGCCCUGGGCGGAUUUGUCUACUGGUUGGAUGACAAAACCGGUGUGGAACGCAUAACUGUCACUGGCGAAAGGCGAUCUGCUGAGCUGCAGCGCUUGCCGCAGAUCACCGACAUCCGUGCCGUGUGGACACCUGAUCCAAAAGUGUUGCGCAACCACACCUGCCUGCACAGCCGCACCAAGUGCUCCCACAUCUGCAUCGCCAGCGGCGAGGGAAUGGCUCGUACUCGUGACAUCUGCUCCUGCCCCAAGCAUCUAAUGCUGCUGGAGGACAAGGAGAACUGCGGCGCCUUUCCCGCCUGCGGCCCAGAUCAUUUUACGUGCGCGGCUCCCGUAUCGGGAAUAAGUGACGUGAACAAGGACUGCAUACCCGCCUCCUGGCGUUGUGACGGCCAGAAGGACUGUCCGGACAAAUCGGACGAGGUGGGUUGUCCCACAUGCCGGGCGGAUCAGUUCAGCUGUCAGUCAGGCGAGUGUAUCGACAAGUCGCUGGUAUGCGAUGGUACUACCAAUUGCGCCAAUGGUCAUGACGAAGCGGAUUGUUGUAAGCGGCCAGGGGAGUUUCAGUGUCCCAUUAAUAAGCUCUGUAUAUCGGCUGCCCUCCUCUGCGAUGGCUGGGAAAAUUGCGCCGAUGGAGCCGACGAAUCCUCAGACAUUUGCCUGCAGCGUCGCAUGGCUCCUGCUACUGACAAACGUGCUUUUAUGAUUCUCAUUGGAGCCACCAUGAUCACCAUCUUCUCGAUUGUCUACUUGCUGCAAUUCUGCCGCACGCGGAUUGGGAAGAGUCGAACGGAGCCCAAGGACGACCAAGCUACGGACCCAUUGUCACCCUCGACGCUAAGCAAAUCUCAAAGGGUUUCCAAGAUCGCAUCCGUGGCGGAUGCCGUUCGCAUGUCGACGCUUAACUCACGCAACAGCAUGAACUCCUACGAUCGCAAUCACAUCACAGGUGCCUCGAGUUCAACGACAAAUGGUAGUAGUAUGGUGGCAUAUCCCAUAAAUCCUCCUCCCUCGCCGGCGACCAGAUCACGCCGCCCAUACAGGCACUACAAGAUCAUCAACCAGCCACCGCCGCCCACGCCCUGCUCUACGGACAUAUGUGAUGAGUCCGACUCUAAUUAUACGAGCAAAUCGAACAGCAAUAAUAGUAACGGAGGGGCCACGAAGCAUUCUUCCAGUUCCGCGGCAGCGUGCCUACAAUACGGGUACGACAGUGAACCGUAUCCGCCGCCGCCGACACCGCGCUCGCAUUACCACAGCGAUGUGCGCAUUGUGCCGGAGUCCUCCUGCCCACCAUCGCCGUCCUCACGGAGCUCCACGUACUUUUCUCCGCUCCCGCCCCCGCCAUCACCUGUACAGUCACCCAGCCGGGGAUUUACGUAACAUUUUGAGAUUUACAUGUAAAACGAGCGGGAGAGCAACAUAUCAACUCUGUGCAAAGCUUAUCGUUUUCUGAAAUUUAUUAUUUACCUAUUUUAACAAUUCUAUUUUCUUCCACUGCUUUGUAAAUAUGUAUGUGUUUAAUUGGUCAUUUAAGGCUUUAACUAAUUUUAAUCAUAGCUUAGAGAGAGCGUCCAUGCCUGGAGGACUUAUUCGAUCUCGUUAAGUUUCAUUUUGCCAGAUAGCCCGAAAUAGAUUGCAGUACAGUGCAUUGCAACCAUACGCAACAAUAGACUGCAAUUUUUUGUAAGUGAAAUGCAAUUAUUAGCAAUUAUCUUAGCUCUUAAUGAUGUAAUAUUGAAUAAGUGAGUAUAUUGAAAUUCCGUGUGCCAAAUUUUCCUAAACCUGACAGAAAAUUCACAAUUGAUUUACACCUAACUACGCAAUUUUGAUUUACAUGCAUUUAAAACCUAGACUUAGUUUAAUAUUUAGUUCUAAAGUGUAAAUAGAUAAUUAUAUUAUGAAAGCAAUAUUGACGAAUGUGCGACUAAUUCAACUGUCUUCUUAAUUGUUAUAAACACCAAAAAGUGCCUCAGUAAUACGUGUGUUUUUUGUUUAUUCUUAAAUUUUCCUAUAUCAUUUAUUCAUAGAUAAUACAAAUGAAUAGUUAGUUAUUCAUACAAAGUAGGUUUUUGCAAUAAACAAUUGAAGUAAAUGCAUAUUUAUAGUUAAUAUUAGAGAACGUAAUGUAUAACAACAAAUAUUUUUAAAUGUGAAAUGCAGUAUUUUUAACAAAUUAAA